AUGUCCGCCGCUGGCAUGGGAGGCGUCAUGGAAGGCCUCAUUGAGAACAGCGAGAGACCCACCCUUCCAGACCCCGCCUUGAUGCAGCUCGUCGCUGCGUCAGCCUCCCUUCGGCACCUGACUGGCCCGCUGGCGACAGUCACGUGGGAGGAGCUCGCUGCCGACUGCGCGCCGCCGUCCGGAGAGGUUCGGCUGCUCUCGGCGCCACCGCCGGCCCCGCCGUCACAAGACCGUGUCACGGCGGAGGCUGCCCGAGCCCUCUCUGGCUCGCUGAGCAGCCUGUUCGCGAUGCUUGAGGAGCGCGACGAGGAGUUGAGGAGGCUGCGCGGGCAGCUCGAGCUGAGCCAGCGGCGGGGCCGCAAGCUGCAAGCGCUGCUCAACGAGGCGUACGAUAAGGAGGCGGCGUCCAUCAUCGAUGCCGCCCUCAAGGGCACGCAGCAGAUUCUGACAGCACAGGCGGCUGCCGGCUGCGGCAACGAUCGGCCGCUUGAUGCCGAGGGGACCAAGCCCGGUAGUGGCCACCGGAAACGGACUCGCUAUACGCGGCACCCGCGCUCGUAA